UAAAGUGGAUCUCAUCAAGCAAUUUUUGCUUCGAAAAUACUGAAAAUAUGGCAUUUCUCAAUAAGAUAGUUCUAUUUAUUGGUUUUCUUUCGCUGCUACAUGCCGCCUAUUCAGCUGCUCAACAUCGAGCAUACUUGAGAAUUACCGACCAGGAAUUCACAAAUCUGCCAAUUGAUAUAAUAUUUCAAGCAAUUCUUAGUUUGUUUUUAAUUAUCUAUAACAUUCUGCAAGUAGUAGGUGAUUUUAAGGAAAUUCGGGCCGCCGUAGAUCUGCAGGUUAAAUCCUGGGAAACACUUGGAAACAUCCCAUCAUUUUAUACGUUCAAUCAUCGCGGAAAAGCGCUUGCUCCUUUUUACGAGCAGCCGAACCCCGGUGCAAUCGAUCGUUCGGACCUCAGUGCGAAUAACUAAGGUGCUAGCUUUUCACGUUGAUGGUGACCAAAUAAAUAGUGUGUAGGCAAUUGAUUUGGAUUUGAAAGUUCUGAAAUGGAUACUUAAGGAAGAAACUCACAGAGCAACUUGUAGUAUUGGCGAAAACCUAUAGACCUUGAAUUGACCU